AUGCCAAUGCGUAAAGGCCAAGCAAGCACACGCAAGCAAGCAAAGCGACCACUAAUUCCUGAUGUGCGGUUCAACCUUGGCACCUACGCGGACAUUAACUCCGUGCUGGACUUUCGGUUUGACGUGCGUGGUGUUCGGCUACUAGUGCGCCUAUUCCCGCUCCCUGCUGUCGUUGUGACGGACAGCAACGAUCGUUGUCAUGCCGAAGAAGCUGCAGCAGUCAUGCCCUACCGGCUCAUUGACUACGUAGACGCAAGGUAUAGCGAGCGCAUGUACUUUCAUCUUGAUCAUGUUCGCAGACAAAUAGGCGCCUAUUGUGAAACUAUAGAGCGCCGUACCUCUGUGCCUAGCGUCUUCGCACUUCUAGACGGAACGAAGAUCGGCAUUUACCGUCCUUCUCCUCGCAAGGGCCAUCGGUCGGAGAAUCUACAGCGAUUGACGACCCCCGACGGACUAUGCAUGCAUUUUUUCGGGCCUUUUGAAGGGCGUAGACACGACAAGACUGUGCUUGCUGCUAGCUGCCUCCUGCAAUACUUUCGCGAGAAUGCAGAUGCAUUCGAAGGUAAAGCCAUAUUUGGCGACCCUGCGUAUUCAGUGAGCGAGUUCGUCGUUACCCGCUUUAAGGACGUAGUGCUUUCAACGCAUGCGCGAAUCUUCAACAAGGAAAUGAGUGCAGUGAGGACCGCAGUUCGGCUCAGUCUGGUAGGUGAAUUUGUGCGGGUUGCCAUACUACUGACAAAUUGUCACUGCUGUUAUAAUGGCGGCAAUCAAAUUAGUCAGUUCUUUGACUUACCUCCCCCGCCCCUUGAGGACUACUUAGACAUAACCAAUUAA